CAAAUAAACAAACUAGUGUCAAAAGCCUAUUAUUCUCUAUACUGGAUAUCAGAUCACAUACAUACAGAGAUAUUUAAUUAAAAAAACUAAGUUUCAAAACGAAGGUUCAAAACGACAUUUGAAAAACGCAAAACGCAGUUCUUCUUUGCCGCAGAUCGAAACGCGGCGCUGUGUAUGUGUGCCACAGAUCGAACUGCGGUUCGUGCUUACCGCAGUUCGAAAUGCGUUUAUCCUUGCCGCAUAUCGAAAUGCGGUUCUGAUCCGUGCACCUCCAACGAGCUCCGAAUACGACCCAGCAACCGAACCAACCACAUAUUACAGCAAACAAAUAUAGUAGAUGCAAGCUACUAACCUGGACGCCAGCUCAGAUCUGUGAGGAAAACAGAGGAAUGCGAGCAGCUUGGGAUGACAGAGACAACACGGAGAGAAAAAGAGGGAGGAAGGAGGGAGUGUAGGUUAGGGUUUCACUGUGUGAGAUGCGGCAGGGAAGAAGGGGAGUUAAAGUUUAACUAAACUUUUUAAAUUUUCUCUCUCCUCGUUGACUGUGACAAGGGCACACUUUGGAAUUAAAUUUUUUUUUGAGGUGCAGGACGAGGGUGGUGAGGUGCAGGGAUAAUGACUCUUUUCUCAAUCCUUUCUUCUCCUCAAUUUGGUCACUUCCUUCUCAAUCAUGCCUGUCCUUGAAACACUUGGUGGUGCUCUUUUUGGUGUUGUUCUUCAGAUGCUAUUUGACAAGCUCGAUUCUCAUCAAGUUUUGGGCUUCUUUCGUGGGAGAAAUCUUGACGAGAAGCUACUGAAAAAGUUGAAGAGGAAGUUGAUGGACAUCAACGCUGUCAUAGAUGAUGCAGAACAAAAGCAGUUCACUAAUUCAUUGGUCAAAGAGUGGCUUGAUGAGGUUAGAGACGUCUUGUAUGAUGCAGAGGAUCUGCUCGAGCAAAUAGACUAUGAAUUCUCCAAGACUAAGUUGGAAGCUGAAUUCCAGACCAGUUCUAGCAAGGUAUACAGUUUUGAAUCCAAGAUCAUAGCACUCCUAGACGAUUUAGAAUCUCUUUUAAACCACAAGAUUGUUAAAGAUUUCAAAAUUUAUAGUGGCGUAAGAUCUGAGUUGGGUAAUAAGGUGUCGGAUAAAAAAGUCGAAUCAACGUCGUUGGUGGCUGAAGAGGUAAUUUAUGGCAGAAAUGAGGAAAAAGAAAUGAUCUUUACUUGGCUGAGAUCUGACACUGACGAUAAUAAGCAGUCAAUACUUUCUAUUGUGGGUAUGGGUGGGAUGGGUAAGACCACACUUGCUCAACAUGUAUACAAUGAUCCAAAGACAGAGGAAGCUAAAUUUGAUGAAAAGGCUUGGGUUUGCGUUUCUGAUGCAUUUGAUGCUUUGAGAGUAUCCAAAGCAAUUAUUGGAGCUUUCACUAACUCAAGAGAUGACAGUGAUGACCUAGAAAUGAUUCAUGGAAAAUUUAAAAAAAGAUUGUCCGGAAGGAAAUUUCUUCUGGUUCUGGAUGAUGUUUGGAACGAAGACCGCAAUCAAUGGAAAGCAUUACAAACUCCUCUUACGUUUGGAGCUAAAGGAAGUAAAAUUCUAGUCACAACACGCAGUCACAAAGUUGCUUCUAUCAUGCAGUCAACCUACAUACACCAAUUAAAGCAAUUAGAUGAAGAUCACAGCUGGCAAACUUUUGCUAAACAUGCAUUCCAUGAUCAAGACUCCGAGUUGAAGUCUGAGUUAAAGGAGAUUGGUAUGAAGAUAGUUAAAAAGUGCCAAGGAUUGCCUCUGGCCCUUGAAACAAUAGGAUGUCUUUUACAGUCAAAGUCAUCCGUUUCAGAGUGGGAAGGUGUAUUGACAAGCGAGAUAUGGGACUUACCAAUAGAAGAUAGUAAAAUCGUCCCUACCUUGUUGUUGAGCUAUUACCAUCUUCCUUCUCAUCUCAAGAGAUGUUUUGCUUAUUGUGCAUUAUUCCCCAAAGACCAUAGGUUUGACAAAGAGAGCUUAAUUUUGUUAUGGAUGGCUCAAAAUUUUCUACAUUGCUCUCAACAAAGCAAGUCUCCAGAAGAAGUAGGUGAAGACUACUUCAAUGAUCUAGUAUCAAGGUCAUUCUUUAAACAAAUAACUUGGGACAAGGAAAUAUAUUUUGUCAUGCACGACCUUCUGAAUGAUUUAGCAAAAUAUGUUUCAGGUGAAAUCUGCUACAGGUUAGGUGUUGAUGGUGAAAAAGGAGUAUCAAGGAAAACCCGUCAUAUAUCAUAUGUAAGCGGUCUUAGUCAAUGUUAUACGAAUUUAUGUGAUGCUAAAGGGUUACGGACAUUUAUAACCUUUCAGGGGUGGGACUGUCCGAUGUCAAUAGAAGAGUCAAUCUCCAACUUUAAGUUCUUACUGGUCUUAUCAUGGCGUUGGUGUAUUAAGGUGCCUGACACCAUAGGCGAUCUAAUACAUCUCCGUUCGUUAGACCUUUCAGGUGCCGACAUAAAGAGACUUCCUGACUCAACCUGUUCACUCUAUAACUUGCAAGAAUUGAAACUAAAUAAUUGUUUCAAAUUGAAGGAGCUGCCCUUGACUUUGCAUGAGCUCACCAAUUUGCGCCGCCUUGAACUUAAGGGAAUUACUUUAACAAAGGUUCCACACCGUUUAGGAGAGUUGAAGAAUCUUCACGUGUGGAUAAACAAGUUUGCGGUUGAAAAAAGUAGUGAGUUCAGUAUUCAACAAUUAGGAGAACUUGAUCUUCGUGCAGAGGAGCUGUCAAUUAAUAAUCUUGAAAAUAUCGCAAAUCCCUGUGAGACGAAUUUGAAAAAUAAAACACAUAUUGUGAGUCUGAGUUUACGAUGGAAUUUGAAGCGGAACAAUGACGAUUCAGUAAAAGAAAGAGAAGUACUUGAGAAUCUGCAACCUUCCAGGCAUUUGAAGCACUUGUCGAUCGAUGGCUAUCUACAGAUGAUAUCGCAGGAGCAACCUCAUAAUCAUUUGAAGUAUUUGUGGAUUGAAGAAUGCUCUGAAUUUGAAUCAUUUCCUAACGAAGGAUUAUUUGCACCUCAGCUAGUGUCAUUUAAUAUUAGAGGAUUGAAAAAAUUGAAGUCAAUGCCUAAAUGCAUGUCUGCCCUUCUUCCAUCUCUUAAUCGUGUGGACAUAUUCUAUUGUCCAGCGCUGGAGAUGUCCGAGGGAUAUUUGCCAUCAAAUGUAAAAAAGAUGUUUCUCGGGGAUUGCUCCAAACUUGUGGCCUCACUCAAGGGCGCUUGGGGAACCAACCCUUCCUUAAAAAUCCUUUACAUUUGCAAUGUGGAUUUGGAGUGUUUUCCUGGUGAAGGUUUGCUCCCACUUUCUCUUGAUCAUCUAGAGAUAUAUGAUUGUCCAAAUCUUAAAAAACUGCACUACAAGGGUCUCUGUCACCUCUCCUCUCUUCAGACAUUGGUUCUUCGUGACUGUCCUAUACUCCAAUGCUUGCCUGAGGAGGGUCUACCCAAAUCCAUUUCAAAACUCGAAAUUGUAUAUUGUCUGUUACUAAAACAGCGAUGCAAGAAACAAGGUGAAGACUGGGAAAAGAUUGCUCACAUUAAAUCCAUAUGCGUUGAUUACGUAAAUGAAAAACGUUUAUAAUAUUUUCCAACAAAAUUUUGUCAACUUUUUGACAACUACACGUGGAGCAUUUUCAUUGGUUGAUUUUUAGAAAGUUGGUUUUUGGUGUGGAGGGCAUAUUUGGAAAGAAAAUUCAGAUUGUCCCUUUCUUUCAUAUUUUCCUCUUCUUCGUUUUUGGCUUUGCACAUUUCGUCACUCUCUCUCCACCAUUGAACGGGGCUCUCAGUCCACCAUUUGAGUUGGAUUUUUCUCUCUUUGCACGUCGUUGUCUCUCCACCAUUGUUCGCACAUUUCUCUCUUUGGAUGUCGCUCUCACUCCAUUGGUUGCACUUCGGUCUCCAAUUCACUCUCGCUCCAUCGCAUUGUGGUUGGCGUUAUUUCUCCCAAGGUUUCGGCUUUUUGCUCCUUAAAGGUUUCUAAGGUUUCGGCUUUUUGCUCCUUAAAGUAUUGUUAUUAAUUUGAUUCAUCAAUGGAAGGAGGAAAUGCAAAA